UCUAAAGGAGCCUGCCUCUAUCUGUCCUGCUGGAAGUCUAAAGGACUGUCUCUCUCUCUCUGUGUGUCCCUCCAGAGAUGCCGUAGAGGUUGUGGCUGGUCUGUACGAUCAGGUGGAUGAGCUGGUUCACAAGCUGGUGAUGCUGUCCAACCAACGCACUCAGGAACUGGACUUUAUCAUGGAGUUCAAGAGUCUGGAGCAGGGAUUCAAGGAGGUGAGUGACUGGAUUGAGGAGGUUGGAGAGAGUCGUCUGAGAACGCUCGGAGAGCUGGAGGAUUCUCUGGAGCAGCUGCACAGGAAACAGACCCUCUUCAGAGACUUCUACACUGCUGCUUACGAGCACUGUAAGGGAGGCGAGGCACUGCUGAAACGUCUAGAACGCUGGGAAGACUUGUCGUCAGCCGAGCUGCAGGUGUACGAGGUCAAAGUUCGAUCCUUCUGGGUCCACCUGCACGACUUCUCCCAGAGAGUAGAAGACACCAAGACCAACAUCGACAAGACCGUACGUCUCUACGAGUUCUUCGACAAGGCGUAUGAGUGGGCGUUAGAGGGGAUGCGUCACCUGGCCAGCAUCAACAUGGAGGACUGCACGGUGCCCGACAAGAGCCAGGGGGUGAUCAGCUGUCUGGAGGGGUACCGCCGGGAGCACCCCCCGAUCCCCGACCCCCGCUUCCAGGAGAUGAAGGAGCUGGCUGGGGAGAUGAAGAGCGAGCAGGGCCUCAAACAGUGGAAGUUUGCCUGGUCCAAGUGCCAGGAGACCAAGCAGAUGUUUGAGAAGAAGCUGGAGGUCGCUCUGAGGACGAGGCGAGCCCUGCCCACGGGAGAGUCACCCGCGUCGGGUGCAGGGAAGGACGGCGGGGUAGGGGACGCCACCCCCAGACGUUACUCUGACGUUAACAACGACGUGGGACAGGAGAGGAGCCGCAGUGUGUCACACGCCUGUAGAAAGGCCUUUAGUGGGGUGUGGGGGGUCAGAGAGAGGCUGUCAUCCACCUCCAGCUCUGCCUCAGCUCAGUCGUCCUGCAGCCUCAGACAGGAGACACCCCUAACCUCCUCUCCCUACGGUCUGGUGCACAGGCUCCCCCUCACCCCCCUCUCCACCCAGCUCCUCACCCGUAGCACCUCCUCCGAGGAGUCGUCCCACGGGGUUCGUAUUGAAGCGCAGGGCCGUAGCUCCUCCUGCUCCUUCUCCCCCUCCCUGACCCCCUGGAGCCGAGCUCCGCCCCUAACCCUGCUCGCCGACCCCCGCUCCGCAAGACCCAGAGCUUCGACUGCCAGAGCCCCGCCCCCGCCUCCCCUGACUCCUCCCGCUAUGGGUCCUGUCAGCGUACGCUGAGCGAGCCGGCGCGGCGCGGCAACACUGGGGUGUUUAUUAAAGGCCUGGAGGUCAGUAGUAGGGAGGUGGCUGAGCGACCCUACUCCCCCAGAAUGACGCCUCCUGGCUGGGCAGCGGGAGAGGCACUGAGGACCCCCUCCAUCAGCACUACCAGUAGUCCUGUACCAGAGACCCGCGCCAA